AUGGAUAGUUCGGACUCGCACGAGUCGAAACGAAAGCCACUGACCGGUCGAGUGCAAAGGUCCCCACCAAAUACCACCAAGAACGCUGAGCCGUCAUCGGAUUAUAUCCCCAACGUUCGUCUGUCGUUUCCACUUCUCGACACCGACGGCUCCACGGCACACCUGAAGUCGCCUGAUCUAUGCACUCAGUCUCAAUCCCGACUCACCACAUCCGCACAUGAUCCCCCAGGAGCACGUGCGGUCAUGGUUGAAACACAGAGGAGUCCCACGUCGGACGAGCAGUAUGACAUGAUUGAUGACUUGUCGGAAAUUUCGAACGAUGAUCACGACACCGCGAGUAUUGGUUCGAACGAUCAAGAGCACAUUUCCUUCAGCCCACGGAUAGGUUCAGAUGUCGACGAGUCCGUUGCUUCCUCGAUCCUUGGAUCAUUCGCCGAUUUGACAGAUCCUCAACAGUCAGACGAUAUAUCAUCAACGCACUUACCUCAUCCAGAGGUCAUCCAACCGCUCCCGAAGUCAACGCCCAGCGAGUCCCAGACAGCGAACGAUCUGAUCGAUAGCUACAGUUCAGAAGACUUGGAGACACCACGUCAGUCGUCCUCAGAAACCACCUUCAAGAGCACAUGGAGGCAAGCGUUGCAUCAGUCCGCGAGCCGUCCAAAGCCAUCGUCUAUGACACCCAGGGCGGAGGGGUCGCAACGCGCAAAGCAGAUGCUAUUCGUAUCAGACAUAUCGACAUCUGCAGAAGAGCUCGAGUCUAUUUGCGUACAGGUUGCCGCAGGUUUGGAUGACAAUACAAACCAGCCUUCGGACUGGACAGUCGCUCGGCUUCCGGAGACCCCUUCAGGAAUUAGCCUAUCCACUUCCAUGGUAGUGUACAACGGGGAGAGAGUCUCGGCUACGAUUCAACACUGUGUGGGUGCUGAGGAGCGCCGCGAUCACUCUUUCCAGUUGCGCGUGCAGGAUACUGAAGGCACUCUGUCCACACUGUUCACCAUUGGCAGCGAUGGCAAAGUCGACCUCGAGAUGCCCGACAUUGUUGUAUUCUACAUAGAACAGGGAUUCAGGACACUUGACUCCUGGUUCGGAAUCGCCUCAGAUGCUGUCAAGCAAUGCAGUCUUCCAAUGCUUGUCGUGCUCGGCUCAAAUUUCACAACUGGUUCGUUCUCCAACAUGGCAGUGCUAGCCCGGGAGGUCGAUCAAGGUCGCGCGGUUCAUGUUCACGACUUCACAAAUGCCGCGGAACUUGGAGAGAUUCAGAAGCGCACUCGCAAGAUCACAGCCACUCGAAAGAUGCGUGAAAGUCGCAAAACGAGUUUGUUUAACAGCAUGCUAAAACCAAGCUACUUGACUUUUGCUCUCCUCUUCCUGGCCUGCUUAACGUGGCCAUUGACACUUCGACCCAUCGAUGCCACUGUUGCAAAUGUCGCUCGACGUAAUGCACUCGGGACAGCUUUGGCCCGAGAACCCUUCGUCUCGCAGGUCGCUAAGACUUUCAACAUUGACCAUCUGCUCCCUGAACCACCACAGGGAUGCACAUCUAUGGUCGUGCUCGGUCAUGAGCUGACCCAGCCGGCAUGCGCGACCGACGUGCGAUAUCAGGGACUCCCGCCCAACUACAUCCUGCUUUCUCUCCCUGGGCAAACUCGCUUUCCACAAAUCCAGACUGUGAUAGUAAAUCGCAGUGGUGAGAAUUCCCUUCAAUUUAACAUAACGGAGCUGAUCGAUGGGGUACAUUGCGUGACCCUGGACCCAAAAGAGGCUCAUGGCACCAUCAAUUUGAGAAUGACCACUGCGAGACCACAUCUACACAUUGAUCUCUCACACAACUUCGGCAACCGAAUGCUUCAACUUCACACAUAUCAAGAAGUUGGAACAGACGUGAGCAAAGCUGUCGGCAAAGACUUAGCCGUCAUAAGACACACGGCGCAGAGCAUCAGCGAGAAAUUCGUCGUCGAGCUCGGGCGAAGCAUUGCUGCUACCCACAACGUCACCACACAUGUGGCCCGAUAUGUAACUCGUGACCUGCAAGUCAUUGCAGACACAGCGAUCGCUGUCUGCGACCAGGUGUUGGCAACCAGCAACAUGACUAUUGCGACAAUCACCAAAGACUGUGUUCUCGUGCAGCAGGGAUUCAUGCGCUUCGUCAGUGUAGUUUCUGAAGUCGUCAAGGCCAAGGUGGAUGCUCUCAAGGUCCGCACAGCAGCACGUAAAUCGCUGAGAAAGUCUCGAAAGACACUCAAGAGACUCGAGAACGUCCUCCGCCAUCAAGCCGCGAGCAAGGAUGCUGGAGACGACGCUGAAGAAUCAAGUUCGACGACAGGUAUGGUUGCGAACGGCGAUGAUGCCAUCAAACUUUCUGGAAAAACCACCUCGCCGCACAUCGAAACUGCCGUUCGCGCCGUCGAUCGUGCUCAAGGCCUGCUGAAAGCUCUCCGGAAGCGUCUGAAGAUCGCCGAACGAGAUGGCGCGCCUUCCAAACAGCACCGCAAGGACAUGCGCGAAUUGCGAAAGAAGAUUCGUACCCAGGAGAAGGACGUGUUGAAGCUGGAGAGGGAGUUAUCCAAGGAGAAGAAGCAUAUGGGUACGGCCUGA